CGAAACUGCAUAGAAUCGCGUCGCUUUAUAGAGGUCGGACGCGGCAGAUUGCUGAAGAACAUUUGCGGCAGCUCAACAUCAAAACCAAAGGCUCUCUGAUGAUCUCCAUGUGUCACACUGGAAAGUUACUUUUAUCCUUUGGGAUUGUUUUAUAAAAUUGACAGACCUCGGACCAAAAAGAAUUUUCCCGAAGUCUGAAGCCUUGUGGGAAUAAUAUUACAGCUGAAGAGGAGAGAAACGAUACCUUUCAUCGGCAGGAUUCACAGUUGAAGAAGGACACUUGUCUCAGUUAAUAAGGGCCACUCGGUGGUUUCUUUCGUCCUCACCCUUGGAGUGGAAAGCCAAGGCCCGCGCCAUGGAGGAUUAUUACCAAAUCCUGGGUGUUCCGAGAAAUGCAUCCCAUGACGAAAUAAAGAAAUCGUACAGAAAGCUAGCAUUAAAGUGGCAUCCAGACAAAAACCCAGACAAUAAAGAAGAGGCGGAAAAAAGGUUCAAAGUGAUCUCAGAAGCAUAUGAAGUCCUCUCAGAUGAAAACAAACGCAGUCAGUAUGACAGAUAUGGAAAACAAGGCCUAAAUGGUAGAGGAGGCCGUUAUGAUGAGGACUUCACAGGUGGAUUCACAUUCCGUAAUCCAGAAGAUGUCUUCAGGGAAUUCUUUGGAGGCCGAGAUCCAUUUGCAGAUUUCUUCGCUGAUGACCCCUUCGAAGAUUUCUUUGGUAGGCGGCCCAGGGGUGUAAACAGGAGCAGGACAGCAAAUUCAUUCUUUUCUGGAUUUUCCCCAUUCGCUUCUUCCUUUCCUGAGUUUGACAUGGGUUUCACACCGUUUGGUUCAAUAGGUGGAGGCGGUUUUAACUCGUUCUCCACGCAUUCACUUGGGGGUGGAGGAGGAGGAGGCGGAAUGGGAAUGGGAAACUUUCGCUCUGUUUCCACAUCUACCAAAUUCAUCAAUGGAAGGAGGAUAACAACAAAACGCAUUGUAGAGAAUGGUCAAGAAAGAGUGGAGGUAGAAGAAGACGGUCAGCUCAAAUCUCUUACAGUCAAUGGUGUUUCUGAAGACAAGGCAUUGGAGGAAGGUCACAGGCAAAGUGCCUCACACAACCGUUACCUCAGAAAUGUGGCCCAGUACCCGGUGGAGGAGGAUGAUGAGAGAGGCCUGCAGAAUCUGGGAUUUGCCAAAGGUUUCUUUGACACCAGAAGAAAAAAACAUUUCCUAAAGGAGUCAGAUAACAAAAAGAAACGUAUGCCAAGAAUGGCUCCUCGAAUUGGGGUUUGGUUCUAAGAGUUUUGACAACAUAUGGUUUUAUAGCCUACUUCAUGCUAAUUUUCAGUAUAUGAACAUAAUGGAGACAUACCUGUUACACAAUACAGUUUUUUUUACAAUGUUCUAUUUUGAUAAUUCUUACAACUACUUAUGCACUCUCCACAUCCAAUAUACAAGUUAUAAGGGCAGUAUAUGGCGCACUCUAAAUCACAGCCAUACAAAAUUAACAGAACAAUAUUCUUCUUUAAUGCAGUUUAUGCUCUAUCUGCCAACGCUGCCAAUGUUUAUAAAUAAAGGGAGAAGAACAGUGUGCAGAUAUCUUCUGUAUCAUUUGAUAUCUCCCUAUUGCAAAUAUUUUUUUGAAAAAACAUAAAUGCAAAAUAAUGCAACAAUUUUUAUUUCAUCAACAAAUGACUGAAGAGUCUAUUUGCAUAUCCAAUAACCUUUUAUUUCCCAGAUGGAAAUAAAAGGAACUACACUUACAUUUGUGCUAAUUUAAGGACAUUCCCCUUUAAUGUGAUAUUGGAAAUAACACAUUGUAUUAGUCACUGGAUAAUUAUCCCAACUGAAAUGUAUUAUGAUACUUUAAACCAUUAAAUUGAUCUUCUCAUUAUUCUGUAAAAUACUGUGUUUACUAGUUACUCAAAUAGGUUGCAUGUAUCUGUUUCAGUACUUUAAUAAUGUAAUGAAAAAAAUCCUUUACUAUGAAUAUUUAGGUAAGGCACUUUAAAGUUUGUAUGUUUGCUAUGCGUUUAGAGCAUUAUGCGUUUUGUACUGAAUAAUGGCAUUCAAGCUAAAUAUUGACAUGAUAUCUAAGAGGUGCUUGAUAAAAUCAUGGAAGUGACAAAUAAGAGCCAGAAGUGCAGAAGAAAGAAUGAUGAGACAGAAAGACAGAACAGGUGGUUGGGGUAACACAGCGAGAAGCACAAGGGAGAUGGAAAGAUUUCUGAAUUAUUUAUUCACCAAUGUGAAAGAACAUAUUUCACUGUGUCUUUUGAUUCAGUCUUAAGCACUGUAUCAAUAUUUUAGAGAAUAAUCCAGAUGGGCCACACUCUAAAAAUGUGGAUGCGUUCAUUUUUACACAUUGUUUAUAUUAUGCUAUUUGACACAUUAUGUGUCAUUUUGUGUUUAUUUUUUUUAACAAAAUACUUAAAAGUACAACACAAGUUGUGUUAAAAGUAACACAAAAUGUGUUGUUCCAGUAAUAACACAAAGAUGUGUCUAGAUUGGGACAACACAUUUAAAACAGAUUACGUUUUUAACAUCGUUUUUAUAGUGCAUGUCCUUUUUGAACUUGUUUAAAUUUUACUCCAUCUGCAUGUUCUUUUCUAUAUGAAACUAAUUAGUUUAGAAAGCUAAAGCAACAGAGAAUGCAUCUAUAGUCAUACGUAUGAAUCAAAUGUUUCAACAUUGAUGUGUUAAUGUCUUUGCCUGUGCCUUAUAAUUAUCAGACGUGGACAGUACAGAAAGUAUUUUAGUUAUAUUUUCCUGUGUUUGUCUUGGGAUAAAAUUGACUUCACUACAAUAUAAAGCAUAAAAUCAUUGUGUUUAUUCUUUUAUAUUGCAUAUAUGUUUAUACUUAUGUAAAAGUAGGAAAGUACCAGAUGUUUAUACUUAAAUAUUAAAUGCAAAACAAAAACUACUAUUUAUGAAAUGUAGUGGAGUAAAAAUUAUGAUGCUUUGGAAUGUUUUUUUUUAAAAAACACUGAUAAAAUACGAAUACUUAAGUAGAAAGUAAAAAUACUACUGUCCACCUCUGAUAAUAAUGUAUUAUCUGUUUAUACAUGUGGAAAGUGGACUUAUAUUUGUUCACUUUGUCCUUUCCUACAGUUGUGAUUUUUAACAUCAUAUUUCUAUUACUUGGCAAGUGGGUAAAUGUCUGAUUGUCUUUGCCAUUUGCAAAUAAAUAUUAAUAUAAUUACAAUGA